AACUGCCCAUCAGUUUCCUCCUGACCCUGGAUGGCCUCGGCGUACAACCAGAGCUGCUUGAGAUGCUUGGGGCGAGUAACACAAGACAAAAUUCUGCAAGACACUCUCGCAAUCCUGGUGUGGCACGCAGUCUUCUCAUCUCUGUGAAAUACUUGCUCGAUAUGCCAGCUUAGAUACCGGGCUUCUUUUCACAGGUCAUGCAGCCUCCAGUCACCAUUUUCACUUCUCCCACGUGUGUGUGUGUGUGUGUGUUUGGUAAACAUGUUCCACCUGUCAGAAGAAUGCUGGUUGCUAAUGGGCCAAGUCCUACAGAAUGAAUAUAUCGUCCUCUUCUAACUGUUGCCCUCGCAACAGUGACUGCAGUAAGUGUGAAGGAGUGAAUGUGCCGACGUGCACGUGUGCACAGAGGUUACUGGGUUGUUGUCUGGCCUGCUGUGAUGUACUGCAGUAAUGCAGUGGAGAUUGAGACACUGCUUUUAUUUAUCCCUCGCUCAGCUGUCACUGUUGUGUCUGGAGUGUGUUUCGCUGAACUCAGGACCACGGGACACUUGGAGAUCUGUCAAGUCCACACGAACCCUCCCAACUACGCACGAUGUUUGUGCCCAGAACACACCCUGCAUUCCUGUUAUGGAAAACAAAAGCUGAGCGGAACAUUCAAGAAAUGUUCAACCUUUAUGUGACUCUCUGUGCUGUAUAUUAUGUCUGUGUGAAGAGCAGCCGUGAUGUGUUCUGAAAGACUGUUCCUUUUUUGAGAAUCAGCACCAUGUGGAGUCACAGAAUGUCUUACAAGGGAAAACAAGUCAGCAGACUUGUUGUUGUUUGUUGCAAAUAGAAAAUCAUCACACGUUCUGUAUAUUAUCAGAAAAUAAUCUCUCUUUUUCGUUACAGACAGUUUUAGUCUGAUGAUCAUGAUGAUGAUGAUGAAUAAAUCAUGUACAGGAUGUUCCCAUUAGACGCUGGGCAGACGGUCAGCAGCGGUGGGACUGAGCCCCGAUGACAAGCUGCUGGACAGGCUGAGUCCACUGCGUCAUGAGAUGAUACGCAAAUGAAGGAAAGUCAUUAAACAACACACAAACAUGUCAGCAAUCAACACAAUCACACGUCCACUGGAGAAUGAAUCACAUUUCCAACACAUUAGCUCAGUCACAGAACAAAGAGCAAUGUUGUUGUUGUUUGUCUUGAUAUAAAACAAAUCACUUCUAUAUCUAAACUAUUUACUACCCAUAAUCCUGUUUGUAUAAGUGUAUAAUUGCUUUUUUGUUUUUUUAAGCUUCAGAAAAAGCCUUUUACAUGUGCUUUAGGUAAAUACUUGAUGAAGGCCACCAUUUUGUGCCGGCAGCCGCCACCAGAAGCUUGCUAUGCAGAUGAAGAAGAACAGCAUCCUUCCUGUGGAGAAGCUGAGGACUGGCAAUGACAGGGAGAUCCACUCGCCCCCCACACCAGGAUUGGUGACACAGAUCCAAAAAGACUCAGGGACGCUUCAUCACGUUUGUCCUGGAGAGAGGGCUCCUUUCUCACCGCCAUGUCCCAGAAUCAGUCUGCACAGACAACUGACUUCCUCAGCCAAGAUGUGUUCAACCAACUAUUUGAUAUGCUGGACCAAUCUGCCAUUCAUUCAGUCCAGCCCAUUGAGCUAAACUUCACAGAUAGUCCAACUAAUGGAUCUGCAGGAAACACCAUCCAGAUCAGCAUGGACUGCAUCACCAUGCAUGAGCCAGAUGAGAUACUCUCUUCGCAGUAUACAAACCUGGGGCUCCUGAACAGCAUGGAUCAGAACAUACAGAACGGAGGCUCAACCUCCACCAGCCCCUACAACAACGACCAUGCACAGAACAACGUGACCGCCCCAUCACCUUACGCCCAGCCCAGCUCUACCUUCGACGCCCUUUCUCCUUCACCCGCCAUCCCAUCCAACACAGACUAUGCUGGGCCACACACCUUCGAUGUGUCCUUCCAGCAGUCGAGUACGGCAAAGUCUGCCACCUGGACGUACUCGACAGAUCUGAAGAAGUUAUACUGCCAAAUUGCCAAGACGUGUCCAAUUCAGAUCAAAGUUCUGACCACGCCUCCCCAGGGUGCUGUUGUCAGGGCGAUGCCUGUUUAUAAGAAAGCGGAACAUGUGACCGAAGUGGUGAAACGGUGCCCGAACCACGAGCUCAGCCGCGAGUUCAACGAUGGUCAAAUCGCUCCUCCCAGCCAUCUGAUCCGUGUGGAGGGAAACAGCCAUGCCCAGUACGUGGAGGACACCAUCACUGGAAGACAGAGUGUUUUUGUUCCUUAUGAACCUCCACAGGUUGGAACUGAAUUCACCACCAUUUUGUACAAUUUCAUGUGCAACUCGAGCUGCGUGGGGGGAAUGAACAGACGCCCAAUUCUCAUCAUUGUCACCCUGGAAACCAGAGAUGGUCAGGUAUUAGGCCGCCGCUGCUUCGAGGCCAGGAUCUGUGCCUGCCCAGGCAGAGACCGCAAGGCGGACGAGGACAGCAUCCGCAAGCAGAACGUAACAGACUCUACAAAGAGCAGUGAUGGUACGAAACGCCCCUUCCGCCAGGUUUCCCACGGCAUACAGAUGUCCACUAUCAAGAAGAGAAGAUCCACAGAUGAGGAGGUUUUUUGUUUGCCUAUCAAAGGCCGUGAAAUUUAUGAGAUUUUGGUAAAAAUCAAAGAGUCUCUGGAACUCAUGCAGUUUCUUCCACAACACACCAUAGAAUCAUACCGACAGCAGCAGCAGAAUCUACUUCAGAAACAGAACUCAAUGCAGUCUCAGCCUUCCUACGGCUCCAGUUCCCCCACUCAUGGAAAAGUCAACAAGCUGCCCUCCGUCAGUCAGCUCAUCAACCCCCAGCAGCGUAACACACUCACCCCGUCCAGUAUGUCUGGAGGCCUGACUGACAUGACUCCCAUGAUGGGCACUCCCGUCCACAUGAACGCUGACAUGAGUUCACUGAGCCCCACACAUGCACUGCAGCAACAGCUUCCCCUGGUGCCUUCCUCCCACUGUACCCCCCCUCCUCCAUACCCCAUGGACAGCAGCAUCUCCAGCUUCCUUAUACGGCUGGGCUGCGCAGGCUGCUUGGACUACUUCACAGCACAGGGCCUAACCAACAUCUACCAGAUUGAGAACUAUAACAUGGAGGACUUGUCCAGGCUGAAGAUCCCCGCUGAGUUCCAGCACAUCAUCUGGAAGGGCAUCAUGGAGCAUCGUCAGGCCAUGGAUUUUUCCCCACCUCCCCACAUAGUGCGCACCACCAGCGGGGCCUCCACUGUCAGUGUGGGCUCCUCCGAGGCCCGCGGCGAGCGCGUCAUUGACGCCGUGCGCUUCACCCUGCGCCAGACCAUCUCCUUCCCGCCGCGCGACGAGUGGUCUGACUUUUCCUUCGACCUGGAUUCUCGCCGCAACAAACAGCAGCGCAUCAAGGAGGAGGGGGAGUGAGACGACCUCGCCGUUUGCCCUUUUUUUUCCCCCCCCUCAUUUCAUACCCUGCUCUUGGAACAUUUCAUUUGAAAACCCCUGGUGUAUUAGUGCAAAUAACCUGCUGAGAACAAAAAAAAAAAAAAAACAUAUUCACAUAGAGAUGCACUUAUUUUCAUUGUUGUUGUUGUGGUUCUCAUUAUCGCAGAAAUGAACGGUGUCGAGCAAAAAGGUGCAUUUUAUUAUGUUCGAAUUUCUUGAGAGCACUUAAGAAAUGCGGAGGAUUUCAAAGUUUUGUUACGUUUUCAUGAUUCAUUCCCAUGUUAACAAAACUCGCAUUAAAGGGCUUGUUAGGGCUUAUUAUAUGUCUGCUAUGGGCCAUAGCAAAAGUGUAUUUUAGUUUGUAAUACUUAUGCGUUGUACAUGUUUAGUCAAAGUACACUGGUUUUCAUCUGUGGCAGAAGUCAACACUGAUUGUAUACAUUUCAAAACAUUUUCUGUCAGAAGUAUUAUGUCAGGGGCAAUUUGUUUUCUGCUGUAGCUUCUAUAUUUGUAUUUUUUUUUGUGCUUUUAUACGUCUGUUGUGAGACCAAUGCAUCACUUUGUUGUGUCUGGUUGUGAAGUAUGUGUGUUUAAAUGACAGAUGGUCGUUCAUUAAAUGUAGCCAUAUAUAGGCCUAAUGCUCUUGACCCAGUGUUUUACAGUACGAUGAUACAAUGACUGAUGUUUCCUUUGUUCUUGUUUAAACUUCUGUGCAAACGUGGUUGUGAUUUGAGGAACAGACUUCUCUGCUCUUGCAGUGGAUGCCGAGCACAAGUAUUUUAUUUUUUUUAUUUUUUAUUUUUUUUGAGUCAUGUUUUGGUUAAGGUUUAUUUCAUUUUAUAACUGGCCAAAACCUGAUAGAAAUGUAAAUUUGUAUAGUUCUUUUAUGAAAGUCUCCCGAAAGAAAAGACAUGAUUUUCAUCAUGGAACAAAGCAUGUGCCGAUGUGAAUAUUACCUGGUUUCUUUACCAGCGACAACAAUGUGUUCAUUCAGAGUUUAACUUCAUACAGUAUGUACUGUGAGUAUUUUGCAUUUGCCGGCAGCCCAUUUUCAACAUUGUUUAAGUAGUCUGCAUUGGUUCCAAAGCAGAGACCAUUACAUUUUCAUAUUUUUGUACAAUGUAUUGUAAAUAUGUUGCAAUAUAUCAAGGGUAUUUUGAUAUAAAUCUAAAAUAAAUAUCCAAACUUGCUGUAUUGCAUGUGAA